CUCUGCAUGUAGGUAAUAAAGUCAUAUAAAAUGGUAACGCCCAGUGGGACGGUAGCAAAAGCGCGAUAAUAAAAAAAGAACACGGAGCGGCGCCUGAUCUCCACAAAGGUGGAUCCUCAAUGACCCACCAAAUCUGAAAAGAGAAAGGAAUAUGCAUCCAUUUUACUUCUCGUUCUAGAAGCAACUGCGCUCUAGAAUCUUAUUGAUUUUAUGGCAUAUAUCGCAGUACAUCCUCUACUAACACGUGCCAAGCUGGAAAAUAGGAUCCGCCAAAAUGCAAGAACUACUAAUAAUACAAAUGCAAGACUUCUUUCUACUUACAUUUCAGCCUAAACCUGGACAGAAAUAUCACGCAGCUGAUCUCUCCUACAGGGAGUAACACGCGAACGUUGGCCACAGCUUGUUUCCUGAUAAGCACAUGGGAUGUGACGUCAUGGAUGCAGAAUGUUACGUGAGAUAAAUACACUAAUUUUAAAGUAAACUUACGCACCUAUUAGUAUAUGGUUGCCAAAAUACUUUGAUUGGUGUAUUUUGAGAGCAAUUUGUAUUUCAAUUAACAUAAAAUCAUUAAAAUACGUAUAUAGAAAUAAAUGGAAGUGGCGGAAGUAUAGCUACCUAGUGGCGGAGUAAUGAACUACAACGACAGUUCUCAUCGAUACCUGUCGAUACCAUACAUGUAAUGGCUGUAAAAACAGCAAGGAACUUUGUGUGAUCGGAGUGAGGUUAUGAUCUCUUCUCUUAAUUUUUAGACAGUUCAUUUACUGUCACAUUUCUGGGUUUGUUUGGACGUUUGUUUAGUUGGACGGUAAAAGUAGUUUGUAAUAUCUUAUUUCAAGUUCGACUACUGUAUUAAGAGGCCAAAUGGAAGCAAAAUACACGUGUAUUGCUUGUCGAGUUGCAUUCAAAGACCCAGAACUUCAGAGGCAACAUUAUAAAUCUGACUGGCAUCGAUACAACUUAAAACGGAAAGUAGCAGACUUUCCUCCUGUUACGGCAGAAGAAUUUCAGCGCAGAGUUCUUCUACAGAGGGAGCAAGAUCAAAGUACCCCGAGUGCAUCCUAUUGCGCAAUAUGUAAAAAGUCUUUCAACACUCAAAAUGCUUAUAAUAACCAUUUAAAUUCGAAAAAACACAGAGUCGAAGUAGAGAAAAGUUUGCAUAAGCCUUCCCAUUCGCCCCGUGCAGACAGUACAAAGGAAGGCAAAUCUAAUGUAAAUGAAGACAUGGAUGUUGAAAGCGAUUCUGAAGUUGAAGAAGUGGAUUCCGACGAGUGGGAAGAGGAGAACGAAGAUAAUCCAAUUGAUGACAAUAAUUGUCUCUUCUGUUCCCAUCACAGUGGUACUAUGAUGAAGAACAUUAAACACAUGACAAUAGCUCAUUCAUUUUUUAUUCCAGACGUAGAGUAUAUUGUAGAUAUGAAAGGUCUCCUGACAUAUUUGGGAGAGAAGGUGUCACAAUACUACAUGUGUUUAUGGUGUAAUGACCGAGGUCGCACUUUUCAUUCGAUGGAAGCUGCUCAACAACACAUGAUUGACAAAGGCCAUUGUAAAAUGUUGCAUGAAGGAGAAGCCUUGGCCGAGUACGCUGCUUAUUAUGACUACAGUUCAAGUUACCCUGACCAAGCUGAAGCAAAUCCGGAUGAAGAGGUUUCCAUCGCUGUUUUGGAUGAUACAGAUUAUGAAUUGGUGCUGCCUUCCGGAGCAAGAAUUGGUCACCGUUCACUUAUGAGAUAUUAUAGGCAAAAUUUGGAUCCCAGUAAAGCAGUUGUGCAACAGAAAAAGGUGCACAGAGUUAUGGCGCAAUAUAGAGCAUUAGGAUGGACUGAAACCCAAAAGGAGCAGGCCACAAGGAAAGCCAGAGACCUCCACUACAUGCACAGAGCCAGAGCAAAAUUUUCUCAACUUGUUGGAGUCAAGGCGAACAAACUGCAAAAGUACUUCAAAAACCAAAGUCUUUGUUUUUAGAGACGUUUUUGUACUGCUGGGUUGCACAAUUGUGUCGUGUAUUUAGGAGAGAUGAACAAUGGAUCAUAUCCUUGUUGCAAAUUUUACUUUCUGAAGGCACUUUGGAUGGUACUAUUAAGAUUUUUAGAGAAUGAAUAGUAAGAGUACAAUAAUUUGUAAUUGUACUGAAAAGAUUGUGUGUGUAUUGUAUUCUAUAGUUGAAUUAAUUUACUUGUAAGGUUAAGUUCUAUGAUGUACUGUAAUGAAAUAUUUAUUAUUCCAAUGUUACAUAUUUAUUUCUACUACCUAUGUCAUGGAAUUACAUACUAGAUUCAUUGAGAAAUAAUAUUAAUGAUGGAUUUUUCUAAAAUUUUUCUUAGUAAUUGGCUCAACUGUGAUGUUCUGCUCUUGAUUAAAUACAGAACUCUUGAAACUGUUGUUGGGAACAUUUAAAUUCUAUCCUUUAGUUAUGCAAGUGGGCAAUAAUAUUGUGAAUUAGAUAAAAGAUGAAAAAUAACAGAAAACGAUUCAUUGUAAUACUCUUCUAUUAGUUUAUUGUAGUUUUUUUUUGUUGGGCUAUAAUGAAAUAACUUAAAGUAUUAUUUGUUUAUAUUUUGUUGUUCUUAAUCAAAUACUUUUAAGUUUUCCUAAAAACUUCACAUAUUUAUAAUAAUGUGUGCAAGUCUGCUGGGUACAUAAUUAUUUAUCUGCAGAGCAGAAACCUUUGAUUUUUUUUGUUUCUUCUCACUUCCUUAUUUUACCCCUAAUCUAUGUUUCAAAAAUUGUAAAAAAAUGAUCUUAAUACAUUAAGAAAUGCAACAUUGAAAAAAAGGUGUUGGAAUCUUUUCAAAUAAAAACUAAAUUUUAUUUUAUUUUUACGAUGAUUUAUUCCCUUCUUAACUGUUUCACUUCUUGUUUCAAUUUGUUGUAAUUAAACUCAGUUCAAAAUGUAGCUUUUUCAAAAUUUAUUAAAGUUGAUAAUGUUCAAUUCUGAAAUGGUUAAUUUUCUCAAUGUGCUUACGGUCAAACCACAAAAAAGACGACUUGUAAGCUGAAUUCGAUUCUGCAGCAAAACAAACAGUGCUGACUGUUUUGUUUACUGUAGGCUUAUCUCAAAAGCACCAAGAAUUGGAAGGAAAAAAGAUUUCUUGUUCAAAGUAAUUGCUGAUGAGCCAAUAGUACUCCACAGAAUUUGAGGGACAGGUAUCACCAGAGCAGGUUUCAUAAGUGAAUAUGCAAAAUCAUGGUAGAUUUGUGGAAUCAUGAUUCUUUCUGAAAAUAUUUUGCUGGUACUAGUUUGUUCAAUUCAUCCUGUUGAAUUAUUGUCAUCACUUGUGAAACACCAGGUUACUUCAUGUAUAGACUAGGUUUUCAACUGUUAUUUGUAUGAAAGGUAUUUGUAUUGUAUAUUUUUUAAGGGUUGAUACUGUUAUGGAAAUACACACUUACAUUAUUGUUAAGUGUUUAAUUUUCAUUUUUUUUCCAUUUACUCCAAAUGAUAUUGAUGAAGGUUAUGUGUUAGUAGUAUUGAGAGUGAAGACAUAGUGGGUCUUGACACUAUGAAUAAGUCUAUUAAUCUUCACUUUCAUCAUUGCAAAUGUUUUGGAAGAAAAACUGAUUGAUCUUAGAACAAUUGAGUGCCUAAAAUGUUUCUUUGCCGUAUUUAAAAUUUAUAAGAAUGCCCAACCUGUGGUCGAAUUUUUAUGAUUUGAAAAUUUAAGAUUGACUUUCAAUUGGUAACUAAUGUAGAAUAAUGCAGAUUAUUAGUAAACAAGAUAUUUAGAAAAAAAUUUCUCAUAUUGAUUUCUUAGUUAAAAAAAAAAAUUAAAUU